AUUAAAAACAAAACGCAGAGCGAUGAUCUUUGUUCUCUGCCUUUGACAACACUUUUUCAUCUUCUGACUGCUUGACUGAGCAACUUAAAAUGGCGCAGCAAUUCGUGCAGGCUAAAAUUAAAGGAGACAAAGUGGUGCUGUUUAUUAAGCCCACGUGCUCGUACUGCAUUAUGGCAAAAGAUGUUUUGUCAAAAUACAAAUUUAAACCGGGACAUUUGGAGUGUAUUGAUAUAAGUGGACGCAGCGACAUGGACAACAUGCAAGACUAUUUCCUGGAACUCACCGGAGCCCGCACGGUACCACGGGUGUUCAUCGGUGAGGAGUGUGUUGGAGGCGGCAGUGACGUAGCGGCACUGCAUAAGAGUGGUCAACUGGAUAGCAUGCUGCAGUCUAUUGGAGCCCUGCAGUGACCCACUCCAGACCUCCAGGUUUUAGGCAUCCAGGCGGGGUCACAUGACUAUGCAGCGGGACUUGCGUAGCUUGCGUCGCCGGUGCUGGUACUCGCUGAGCUCCUGCAGGUAGCCUCUGGACGGCCAGCGUAGCCUCUCUACCUGCUCACGCUCCUCCUCUGGAACACAAAAGAGAUCAAAUUAAAUCUACUGCAAACACAACUGAACCCUUAUCACAACAGUUACUGUGCUUGGCAUAUACUCACUACACCCACUAAACAAACACAAACAGUAAUAACUCCAUGGUUUGUUGCCAUGAACACAGCCAACAAGGCUGAAAUAUCUCAUACGAUUUUAGUUUACACUAACAAAGAACAGAAGACUAAACGGUAAUAAAUCAUGUGUUGUUAUUCUGGCCUUUGACUUCACUUAUGCCCUUAAAUACCCGUCCAAUGACCUUAAACAAUUCUUGUGUGUGUGACUAAUGAUGACAAUAAAAUGCGCUACCGCUACUAACUGGA